AUGGAGCAGGUGAUGAGAUUGGCGGGCCAGAACAAGUUGGUGAUCUUCAGCAACAGCUCGUGUUGCAUGUGCCACUCUAUCAAGAGACUCUUCUCUGAGUUUGGGGCACAUGCAACUGUUUAUGAGCUCGACCAAGAACCCAGUGGAAAAGAAAUGGAGAAGGCGUUGGUCAGGCUUCUAGGUCGUACGCCACCUCUACCGGCUGUGUUCAUAGGCGGUCAGUUGGUGGGCUCCACCAACGAGGUGAUGUCUCUUCAGCUCGAGCGUGACCCCACUCAGGGAAGCAGGAGCCAUCUGAUAAUGCUUCUCAAACGAGGAGGAGUCACCACACUGUAG